CAAAAGCACUUUUUUUGAAAAACAGAAAAUCUAAAAUUCUAAUUCGCAGUGGAAUCCAUGUAUCUGCGUUUUGUGGAAAGCUGAUGAACUAAGCUGUGUUGGUAUGCUUCUGCUUUCUGGGUCCAAUUUGGAUUUUCUGAUUGUCUACCCCAAAUUCCCAAUUUGCAGAGCAAACCCUAGAGUACCAAAUUGCAGCCAGGGCUUGUGUGAAGCAUGGAUCAGUGGAAAGGUGAUGACUUUGCAGGUGUUUCAGCUCCUUCUUCGUCUCAGCCUCUUGCUUGUGAUUCCAGGAAAAGGGCUGAUUUAGAAACCAAGGACCCUGUUUCUGCGAGAAAAGUACAGAAAGCUGAUCGUGAAAAAUUGAGGAGGGAUCGGCUGAAUGAGCAUUUUCUUGAUUUGGGAAACACAUUAGACCCAGAUAGGCCCAAGAACGACAAGGCCACUAUCCUUAUAGACACAAUUCAAAUGUUGAAGGAUUUAACGUCGGAUGUGAACAAACUGAAGGCUGAGUGUGCAGCACUCAAUGAUGAAUCCCGUGAGCUGACAGUGGAGAAGAAUGAGCUAAGAGAAGAGAAGGCAUCUUUAAAAUCUGAUAUUGAGAAUCUCAAUGCUCAAUAUCAGCAAAGAGUGAGGGUUAUGUUUCCAUGGGGGGCUAUGGAUCCUUCUGUUGUUAUGGCUCCACCUUAUUCAUAUCCAAUGCCUGUAGCUGUUCCGCCCGGUCCAAUUCCUAUGCAUCCAUCGCUUCAGCCCUUUCCUUACUAUCAAACUCAAAAUCCAGCCACUGUUCCCAAUUCUUGUCCAACUUUUGUCUCAUAUCCAACUCCUAUCAAUCGACCAAUAGAACAGCCGUUACCCCAACCCCAAUAUGCAUCUGUUUCACAUGUUUCAAGUAAGCAAGAUUCCAAAAGCAAGUCAUCAGAUCAUCAAAGGGGAAGCAAUGCUGAAAGAUGUGAUGGCUCCAAUGAUGUGGCAACAGAGCUUGUACUUAAGAUGCCUGGAUCUUCAGCACAUCAGGAGUCAUCUUGUGGGGCUAGGAAGGGGAAGCAAUCACGAACGAAAGAUAGGAACAUUACAGAUGGAAGCUGUUCGAGUAGGUAUUCUUCAUCUCAAGUUGUUCAGGAGAGUUCGUCUAACAGUGUAGGUGAUAUCCCCAAGACUAACAAAUGAAGAUGUUCUGUUUGACUGUUCAACUGACUUGUGGGGUUAGGAAAGAUAAGCAAUCACAGAGGAAACAUAGGAGUAUUACGUAAGGAAGCGCUUCAAGUAGGCAUUCUUCAUCUCAAGCUGUUCAGGAGAGCUCGCGUAGGACUAACAAAUGAAGUUGCUCUGUGUGCCUGUUCUGCUGACUGGAUCAUACAUUCAUACUGUUAACUUAACAGGCAGCUUGAGUUUUCUGUGACACCCUGUUGGUAAAGCCUCAGUUCCGUAUUCCUCAAAUUCCAGUUUAAAUUUGGCACAUACUCCGACUGAAAAGGUGGUGUUUCUUUUGGUAGAAACAAAUUUCCACAACCACGGGAAUUGUUAACUAAGGUUGGAUUCUGGCAUUCAAUGUAGGGGUUCAUAGAUGGUCUGAACCAGAGUUUUAGUAGUUUAAAUCCCACGUAGACUUCAAGCUGCCUGUUUGAUAAUGUAGAGGGUUUGUAUUUGUAAAAUAUAUGUACUAUGUGCCUAACCCCUUAGAUAUGAUCAUUUGGUAAUGAAUAUUGUUGGUUCAACUU